AUGAGUUGGUCAACGAGACAAAUCAGCUGUAGGAGUCCGCAGUCUUCAGAUCAUCCAUCAGACUCCCCUCGAAUCCUGAUUACUGGUGGACUCGGGCAGCUCGGGGUUGGUCUGGCGCAAAUGCUGAGGCAGCAGUUUGGCCGAGAAAACGUGAUCCUGUCCGAUAUCAAGAAGCCUUCAGCAGAGGUGUAUGACAUGGGUCCCUUCGUGUACGCUGAUGUACUAGAUUAUAAGAACCUGCGUGAGCUGGUGGUGAACAAUGGCAUCAACUGGCUGGUGCAUUACAGCGCAAUGCUCAGUGCUGUGGGAGAAACCAACGUCCAGCUGUCCAGAGCCAUCAACAUCACAGGGCUACAUAAUGUAUUAGACCUGGCUCUGGAGAACUCCAUGCGUCUCUUCGUCCCCAGCACCAUUGGAGCAUUUGGUCCGUCCUCUCCCAGAGACCCCGCUCCCGAUCUCUGCAUCCAGAGGCCUCGCACCAUUUACGGUGUUUCCAAAGUCCAUGCCGAGCUCAUGGGCGAGUAUCUUCACCAUAAAUACGGCUUGGAUUUCCGCUGUCUGCGUUAUCCUGGAGUUAUCUCAGCUUACACACACCCUGGUGGAGGAACCACAGACUACGCAGUCCAGAUCUUCCAUGAUGCUCUCAGCACUGGACACCACGAGUGCUACCUGCAUCCAAAGACACGCCUACCCAUGAUGCACAUUUCCGACUGCCACCGGGCCACUGUCGAGUUCAUGCAGACUCCUGAAUGUCUGCUCAAUCUGCGCACCUACAACAUCGCCGCCAUUAGCUUCACACCCGAGGAGGUGGUGGAGGAGAUCCGCAAACACCUUCCUCACCUGAGGGUCACCUAUAAAUCAGACCCAAUCCGCCAGAACAUCGCAGACAGCUGGCCAAUGCGAUUCGAUGACUCUAACGCUCGGAGAGAUUGGGGCUGGGAGCCGGCGUUUGGUCUUCCUGAGCUUGUCGCGGACAUGCUGAGUGACCUCCGUAACAAGCACGGACCUCAGUGUUAG